UUACUUUCUGGAUGCACCGUUGUAGUUGCCAUUUCCACAUGUAUUUAUUUUAUUGCAUGUUGAUGACAGCUGUAUGCUGUUAGAUUUUUUGUUUAUUAGCCUUACAUACAUUUGAUAACUUUUCUAUCAUGAACAAACGAGUCAAAACUACUGCCAGUACGGGCCCCCCACUUCCUCUCUCGUCUUUGCGACUCUUGGUUUCUCCCCUGCGGCUGAUGUAUUCAUUUGUGUGGCAUGUGGUGAAUCAACGAAAUGUGAUGCACUAUGGGAAGGUCGAGGAGUUUGUAACUGUGGUGACUGAAGCAGUUCCAAAGUUGCUGAGUUACAAACAGAGGGCUCAACUCAUCCUGGGCCUGAGAGCCAGGAUGAUCUUGGAGAUGUUCCGCAAGGAUUGUCCACCUAACCCUCAGGCCAUCCAACGUCUCCUGGGAAAGAUGAACAUCAGUGCGUCCACAGGGCAGCAAGAUGCGGAAGUGGAGGAGUCGCAGGCUAACUUUGUGGCACUGGUCCAAACCCUUCUAAAAAAUCCUUAUGAGAGGAAGCACUUCUUCCAGGAGGAGUUCCAUACACAGUAUGGCUCUAAGUAUGACACAGCACUGCAGGCCCUUGUGGGAGGCUUGGUCUUCAGACUGGAACAACUGCUAUCUGUGCCAGAUCUCUCCCAGAUAGCAUCUAUGAUCAGUGCUGCCCCCUCUGACCUGGAGGAGUGUGGGCAGUCUGUGUCUGACCCUGAGCAGCUGAAGAUCCUCCUCCAGCACCAGAACCAGCUAAAUAAAACCCAGUUCAACAAAAAUGGACCCCCACUUCCUCUCUCCUCUUUGCGACUCUUGGUUUCUCCCCUGCGGCUGAUGUAUUCAUUUGUGUGGCAUGUGGUGAAUCAACGCAAUGUGAUGCACUAUGGGAAGGUCGAGGAGUUUGUAACUGUGGUGACUGAAGCUGUUCCAAAGUUGAUGAGUUACAAACAGAGGGCUCAACUCAUCCUGGGCCUGAGAGCAAGGAUGAUCUUGGAGUUGUUCCGCAAGGACCCACCCAACCCUCAGGACAUCCAACGUCUCCUGGAAAAUAUGAACAUUUUGGGGCAGCAAGAUGCAGAAGUGGAGGAGUCGCAGGCUAACUUUGUGGCGCUGGUCCAAACCCUGCUGAAAAACCCUUAUGAGAGGAAGCACUUCUUCCAGGAGGAGUUCCAUACACAGUAUGGUUCCAAGUAUGACACAGCACUGCAGGCCCUUGUGGGAGGCUUGGUUCUCAGACUGGAACGACUGCUAUCUGUGCCAGAUCUCUCCCAGAUAGCAUCCAUUAUCAGUGCUGCCCCCUCUGACCUGGAGGAGUGUGGACAGUCUGUGUCUGACCCUGAGCACCUGAAGAUCCUCCUCCAGCACCAGAACCUGCAAAAUAAGAUUCAGUUUGUACCUGUCACUUCCUCUGUGGGUGACUGUGUGCUGUCUUCGCUGUCCUUCCGCCUCGCCUGUGGAAUGCCAUCAAUGGAGCCAGAUUUUGACAAGCCACCAGAAUCAUUAGAAGCCGCUCUAAGCAUCAUGAACCCUGCCUCAUUCAGUGACUUGGAGGAUCUGGGAAUGAUGUCAGAUGACUCACCCCAUGCUGGAGAAGAUAGUACUGUGGAGAGAGAAGAGGAUGCCAGGGGUAACGGAGGUGGGGCGAGAACUGCAGUGCGUGACAGUGAAGAAGAGAAUGCACUGCCAGAGAGCGCUGUGGUCUUCUCUAGUCCUCAAGGUGUUAGCGGACUGGUGGGAGGGACACCAUCAAAAGGUGCACCAACAGUAAGGAGUAUGCUGCAAACAAUGAGACAGCAACAGCUUGUAUCACUGAUGAAUACUUCCAUCACCGAAGACUCUCCUUCACAGAUAGUCAUCCCUGCCACUGAUAACCAGCCGGUCGAGCUAACGAGUGUCGACCAGUGGGUCUCCCAAAUUGCAAGUUACACAUUAUCGCUCCAUUCCUUGCCACCCCUUCCACAAAAUGAUAAUUUGGACAAGGAGAUGGAGUCGGCCGACACAGGUCUUGGAAGCAGUGUGGUGAUCGGGGGUCAGGAAACAGAGGUCGAUCUCUUUGAGAGGUCCAUAAUCCAAAGGAAGAGGGUGCAAAAGCCACUACGAGUAGCGUGCUCGAAAAAGAGAAACCCUGCAACCAACUCCUGCCAAGAGUGCGGGAAGCGUUUUCUGUCUCGGGGACGGCUGGAGGAUCACCUCCGCAUACACACCGGAGAGAAACCUUUCAAGUGCACUGAUUGUAACAGGUUCUUCCGGACAUUGGCACUCCUGACCAACCAUAUGAAAAUUCACUCUGACGUGCGGCCCUUUAGCUGCGACGAGUGCGGCAAGUGCUUUCGAAGAAAGGUUGGCCUUCAGAAUCACCAUCGCGUCCACACGGAUGUGAGACCAUACAAAUGCACCAUCUGUGGAAAGGGUUUCACCCAAUCACAGUACUGCAAAAGACACAUGGAUUGUCAUACAAGUGAGAAUACCUAUUUCUGCACUCAUUGUCCAAAGAGUUUUCCAACCCAAUUCCAGCUGUCCGCCCACCAGCGCUGGCACACCAUGGACCGCCCGUACGCCUGUGAGCAGUGUGGGUUGCGCUUCUUUAUGCCAAGCUUGUUAAAGAGACACAUGGGCUAUCACAUCGGGAACCGCCAGUUCCUCUGUGCCCAGUGCGGAAGAACCUUUGUCUAUGAGUUCGACCUAAAGAGACACCAAAAAGACCAUGACCCCAGUCCCAAACUCCCCUGCCCCGUCUGCCAGAAGACGUUUGGCAACAACAGCCUACUCCAGGCCCACAUACGCAGGCACUCUUCAGAGAAACCUUAUAGAUGUGACAUAUGCGACAAGACCUUUAAAGACAGCGGGGGCCUGCGCAUACACAAGCGGGGGCUGCACUCGAACGAACGCCCUUACAGCUGCGAUGAGUGUGGGAAGACUUACAAACUACACACGCACCUGAGGGAGCACAAGUUUAAACACACGGGCGAGGGCCACACCUGUGGCCAGUGUGGAAAAGCCUUCAGGUACCUGCGUCUCCUGAAGGCGCACGAGCGGUUGCACUCCGAGCCAUCUGAGCUCACACGGAGAAACAAUCACACCAGCCGUCGAAGGAGACAUUCUUCCAAAAGGAGUUGAUUUUUUCACAUCUGCACACCCUUUACUGUGGCUAUAGUAUUAAACUUUGUCACAGUUCCAUGUCAUUAGCUGUACGGGCAUUAUGUCGGACAGCCCAGCCUCCAAUUGUAUGCAAGGUUUCCUCUGUGUUAUCUUAGGAAUGCUGCAUUAUCUCACCAUCCCCCAUUCUGUCACAUCGCUGUGGUGCAGAGGUGCGACGUGAUGGGGGAUGGUGAGAUGAUUGACCUGAACAGAGAAGAGGGGCUCUGCUAUUCAGGACUGCUGCUCACUGAGUUUAGCUUCCUCCCUCUAUGGUCCUCCCCCUCUGAACAGACAUACUGGGACUCUACAGGCCCUUACUACAUGAUACACAGCAUAUCCAGUAUAGAAGGCUUUCCCAACUGGCGGGCCGAAUUUAGUUUUAUUUGUGUUCUAAAAAAUAAGUGGGUUUUUUUUUGUUUAAUUUUCAUUGUUGGACGUAAGACUGUAAAAAUACCAGGAAGUCAGCUCCAAGGGAUUUUAAUUUUGGAAAUCUGUUCCCAAGUAUUCCCACGCAUAAUAGAGAGAUGUGAUGUAUACAAAUAAUAAUUACGAAUAAUUGAUUGGAUUUAUAGCACUUUUCUACCAACUGAGGUACUCAAAGCUUUAUAUAGUAGGGGAGAAAUUCACCUCAUCCACCAUCAAUGUGUAGCACCCACCUCAGUGAUGCAUGGGGACCAUUUUUGUGGCAGAACUCUCACCACAUCAGCUAUCAGGUGGAGGUGAGGAGUGAUGUAUGCCAAUUAGGAAUGAAGGGGAUGAUUAGGUGGCCAUGAUGGAAUGUGGCCAGGUUGGAAAUGUAGCCAUGACACCGGGGUGAACACCCCUACUCUUACAAUAAACCCCAUGGGAUUUUGAAUGAACACACAGUCAGGACACCCGCUUUAAUGUCCCAUCCGAAAGAUGUCACCCUACUACGCAGGACAAUGUUCCCAAAUGUAAUCAAGGUAUGAAAAAAAAAAAAAAAAGUUGGCACUCACUAACUGUAAGUCGCUCUGGAAAAGAGCGUCUGCUAAAUGACUAAAAUGUAAAUGUUUGAAAUGAUUGUUUUAGUCAAAUAUAUCUGUUUAGUAAAUUUGCAGUCCAAAAAUUGGCCGGUGGCAGAAUCUAGUUGAUGAUCCCUGCAGUAAGGGUCUGAAGUCAUUUCAAAUCAUGGGAUGUCAUACAUAGUCUGUUUUGGAGGGGGUACCAGCAUUGCACAUAGUCUUAAAACAGGUUAUGCAGCUGAAGGCUCCCAGAAAACCUGUGGAUCUGCAAUUCAUAAAGUAAAUCUGUGGAAUUAUGUUCAGUGAGGUGUGUUAGGUAAACCAGUAAAACAACCUCCACUGACAGGUAAAGGAUGCUCUCGAGAACGUGCUUUUAAUAUUUUGUCUUGGAUCAGGAUUGUGGGUCAAUUACAGUUCAAUUCAGGAACUUCCUAAUAGAAAAUAAUUAAUUGAUAUAUAAUUGACUCCAGCCCUGAUUUGGGUACAGUCUCAUGGCUUCUCCUGCAGUGUAAUUGACUCCAACCCUGAUUUGGGUACAGUCUCAUGGCUUCUCGUGCAGUGUAAGCACCAGAGGGAUUCAGAUUCAGUGUGUAAUAGUCACAUGUGCAGGGUUGCAGGUGUAACUGCGGGGUACAGUGAAAAUCUUAGGGUCCGAACUCCAACAGAGUGUAGUUCUUCAAUUUGUGCUGCUUCUAUCACAAUGUUCUUGCUAAAUUAAAAAGCUUGUAGGCUACAUUGAUUUGUGUUGUUUAUUUUGGACAUAAAACAGUCCAAAUAAGUACGUGCCACACAUUUCCUGUUGUGCAACAUUUCUUUCCUGUAACUGCCUUUUAAACCUUGAGAGAGAGUUUUUUUCUCUCCAGAUGCAUCAUUACCCUUCUUGGAGGCACAUCGGAAAUUUGUGAACAUAUGUGUUAUGGCUAUGCUGGAGUUGUCAUUGAUGUUUUUUUUUUAUUAAUCAUGACAUUUAUCAGGUGGAUGUUAGUUUGCCUCAUCAGUCUUUUGAUAUCAACAACAUUUUGUGGUAAGCAAUACACUUAAGUUAAUAUUGUUUUAAUAGUUAUAGCUAACCAGAUUGCAACAGAUGUCUAAUUUUUCUGUGUGAAAUCUUGGAUCACUCCAAAAAAAUUAAUUACAGACUUAUCUAUUUUGGAAUGUAUUUCACACAUUUCUCUGGCAAACAAUAGUCAACAAAACUACAGUUGCAGUCAUCAAAACUAAGAAAACCUGUGCAAGCACACAUUUGUUAUUCUGGAAACAUCUACCUGUGAGGGAAAUCUAAUAGGCUAGGUCAUCCAUUCUUUAUGCAUGGCGAAAAAGAGCUACUGUACUGCUAUGCAGGUCCGACUGAAUUCCAGCCGUCUUUGUGAAAAUGUUUCUUUGUUCUACAUGAAUACGUUAUUUUUCAGAAUUGAACAGAUUACAUUUUGAUCUUGUUGAAUGUUGUUCUCUUACCACACUCCAUUUUUGGUUUAAUCUCAUGUCAUUCCUCAUGCCUUGUGGUCCUAAGAGAAAGAGCAGUGAGUCUGAUUUCAAAAUAAAUGCCUAAGUAUUUAUGACUAAUAAAUAACACUACUACACAU